UUUUCACUGGGGGGACCUGAGUCGCCGCACGUGCGUGAUCUCCGUGGUUUUUGCUGCCGCUGCCGCGGCGGGGGCUGCGGGUCAGAGCACCGGCGCCAUGGGGAAGCUGCACCGGCGCUUCAACGUCAAAGGGCGGCAGCAGCAGCCGCCGUCGGCGGGACCUGAGCCUGCGCGGCCGGAAGUCCAGGUGCAGCUGGAGUUGGACGACAGAGACCUGUUGAAGGGAGUGGAUGAGAGCAAUGUACUCGUCCUGCCCGGACGGAAGGAGAAGAAGAAGAAGGCUGUACCCACCACCAAGAAGGAGAAGAAGCCCCUGACCAAGAAGGAGAAGAAGCUCCUACAGAAAGUGCUGGAGCAAAAGACAAAAAAGAUGCAGCGAGCAGAAUUAUUGCAGAAACUGAGUGAAGUCCAGGCUUCUGAGGCAGAAAUGCGGCUUCUCUUUACCUCCUCCAAACUAGGGACUGGUGAGCGGAUGUACCACAGCAAAAGUAAGACGGAAGAGCCCAACGCUGGGGGUCCGGAGAAGAUUAGUGGCAUCCGUGGAGCCCACAGAAAAAGACGAAGGCUACCCUCGGAAGAGGAGUCCGAGUCCUCCAGUGAGGAGUCCUGGGAAGCCCCGGCUGCAGAGGCGGGGGAGAAGGCAGAGGCCAGGGAGGCGCCCGCCCAGCCCAUGGUCGAGGACUCCAAGGCUGCCUCUGGCAGCCAGCCCACCUCUUUGCCGGCACCUCCUCCCCCCGCUCCCCGCCAGCCCACGGCAGAGCCCGCCACCUUUGUCCCAGUGGAUCGCUCUCCUGAGAUCCAGGAAGCCCGGCUCAAGCUCCCUAUUCUUUCAGAAGAGCAAGUGAUCAUGGAGGCUGUUGCAGAGAAUCCCACUGUCAUCAUAUGUGGGGAGACAGGGAGCGGGAAGACCACCCAGGUGCCCCAGUUUCUGUAUGAAGCUGGGUAUAGCAGCAAUGGCCUCAUCGGGAUUACCGAGCCUCGCCGAGUGGCUGCUGUGGCCAUGAGCCAGCGCGUGGCCAAGGAGAUGAACCUUUCCCAGAGAGUGGUUUCCUACCAGAUCCGUUAUGAAGGGAAUGUGACAGAGGACACCAAAAUCAAGUUCAUGACGGAUGGCGUCCUGCUCCGGGAGAUCCAGAAGGAUUUCUUGCUCUCAAAGUACCAAGUGGUCAUCAUCGAUGAAGCCCACGAGAGAAGUGUCUACACGGACAUUCUGAUUGGUCUCUUGUCUCGGAUCGUGGCUCUCCGGGCAAAGAAGCAGCAGCCCCUGAAACUGCUCAUCAUGUCCGCCACACUGCGCGUGGAGGACUUCACCCAGAACACCCGGCUCUUCUCCGUGUCUCCCCCCGUUGUAAAGGUGGACGCCAGGCAGUUCCCUGUGACCGUCCACUUUAACAAGAGGACCCCGCUCCAAGACUACAGCGGUGAAUGCUUCCGGAAAGUCUGUAAGAUUCACCGAAUGUUACCUCCAGGAGGCAUUUUGGUGUUCCUGACGGGGCAGGCUGAAGUGCACUCGCUCUGCCGAAGACUCCGGAAAGCCUUCCCGUGCUACAGAGGCAGCGCCAGGGAAACAGAAGAAAAAGAGGAUUCUGUGGAAGAAAUGAGAAAAUUCAAGAAGUCCCGGAACAAGAAGGUUCCCACUGUAUUACCCAGAAUCGAUCUGGAUAAUUACUCAGUGAUGCCCGUGGAUGAAGGGGACGAAGACCGGGAAUCAGAAAUGGAUGAAGAAGAUGAUGUCGUGGGAUCGGAUCUCGACCUGGACCUGGGGGAUGGGGAAGUCGAAGAAGAGGAGAAGCCAGAUGCCUCCCUGCCCCUCCACGUCCUGCCGCUGUACUCGCUGCUAGCCCCCGAGAAGCAGGCCCAGGUGUUCAGGCCUCCCCCCGAGGGGCGCAGACUGUGCGUCGUGGCCACCAACGUGGCCGAGACGUCCCUGACCAUCCCCGGCAUCAAAUACGUGGUCGACUGCGGCAAAGUCAAGAAGAGGUUUUACGACAAGGUGACGGGCGUGUCCUCUUUCCAAGUGACGUGGGUGUCCCAGGCCUCGGCGGACCAGCGGGCGGGGAGGGCCGGCAGGACGGAGCCGGGCCACUGCUACAGGCUGUACUCCUCGGCCGUCUUCAGCGACUUCGAGAAGUUUUCUCCUCCUGAGAUCACCCGGCGGCCCGUCGAGGAUCUGGUCCUUCAGAUGAAGGCUUUGAACAUAGAAAAGGUGGUCAACUUCCCAUUUCCAUCCCCUCCCCCCAUGGAGGCCCUGGUCGCGGCAGAGGAGUUGUUGAUGGCACUCGGAGCUUUGCAGGAGCCCCAGCAGACAGGACGGCUGAAGCAGCUGCAGGGGGCAAAGCUGAGCCGUCCCAUCAGCCCCCUGGGGAGAACGAUGGCCGCCUUUCCCGUGGCUCCCCGCUACGCCAAGAUGCUGGCCCUGGCCCAGCGGCACGAGUGCCUGCCUUACGUCGUCACCAUCGUGGCCGCCAUGACGAUUCGCGAGCUGUUCGAGGAGUUGGACAGGCCGGCCGCCAGCGAGGGGGAGGAGGCCCAGCUGAAGGGGAAGAAGGCGCGCGUGUCCCAGAUGCAGAGGCUCUGGGCCGGCCAGGGAGCCUCGCUGAAGCUGGGGGACAUGAUGGUGCUGCUGGGCGCGGUGGGGGCCUGCGAGUACUCGGCCUGCAUACCCCGAUUCUGCGAAACCAACGGGCUCCGCUACAAGGCCAUGAUGGAGGUCCGGCGGCUCCGGGGACAGCUGACCACAGCAGUGGCCUCCGUCAGCGAGCACGCCAAGAGCCUCUGUGUGGAUCCCAAAAUGAAGCCCCCCAGCGAAGACCAGGUGACCUUUCUGCGGCAGGUAGUGCUGGCCGGCUUGGGCGAUCACGUCGCCAGGCGUAUCCAGAGCGAGGAGCUCCUCGAUGCCAAGUGGAAGAACGGCUACAAGACUCCUCUGCUCGAAGAGCCUGUCUUCAUCCACCCCAGCUCCGUCCUCUUCCGAGAGCUCCCCGAGUUUGUGGUCUAUCAGGAGAUUGUGGAGACCACCAAGAUGUACAUGAGAGGUGUCUCUGCAGUGGAAGCCACGUGGAUCCCGGUCCUGCUGCCUUCUUAUUGCCACUUUGAGAAGCCCCUGGAGGACCCUCCCCCAGCCUACUGCCCCCAGACGGGCCGGGUUGUAUGUCACCGGGCCAGCUCUUUCUACCGCGUGGGCUGGCAGCUCCCUGCUGUGCAGGUGGACUACCCCGAGGGGCUUGAGCGCUACAAGUACUUUGCCAAGUUUUUCCUGGAAGGAGAGGUCUGUAAGGAGCUCGCCCAAUACAAAAGCUGCUUAUUGUCCAGCCCGAACACGAUGCUCAAGACAUGGGCCAAGCUGCAGCCCAGGACUGAGAGCCUCCUGAAAGGCCUGGUUUCAAAGAAAGCAGAUUGCCAGGAUGCUUUACUCAAGGCCUGGAAGCAGGAUCCCAAGUAUCUGCUGUCCGAGUAUUGCGAAUGGCUCCCCCAGGUCACGCACGGCGAAGUGUCCAAGCUUUGGCCUCCCUGCACACCCUGAGCCCCUGCACACGCUCGGGCCUUUCUGGAGGACUCGGAGGGACCAGCACAGAGCGUGACUCUCCAAGGAGGCAAAGCCGGCUCUGUCUCUUGUCUCUGCUCCUGGACUUUCUGGUCUGGCUUCCCCGGGCGGGCUCGGUGACGGUCGCCUCCUCAGCACCUCUCCGGCUGGUCACGUCUGCGUGGGCUCCCGCUGGUCUCUUCCCUUGCUCGGCAUCUUCCUGCAUCUGCCACAGGGAGCUUCCCAGCGCACAGAUCUCCUCAGGAAGGGCUGUGGCUCCCCACUGCCUCCAAGAGAGCCGCAGCCUCCUUCGCACUGGGCGCAGCCUGUGGCCACCCCCUUCCCACAAUGCCCUCCUCCCCCACCCGUCACCACCCCCUCAGAGACCUUUCCCAGGGUUUAGCGCCCCCCCCAGCUCACUGUGGAUUUUGUAUUAGUUACCAGAGCCAGAGCAUCUGGGGUCCCUCAGGCCGACUGUGAACCCCUGGAGCACAGGGACUACCUCUUUUCCUUAGGUCUCCAGGACCCUCACCAGACUAAAACGUCCUUUCCUUAGUAAGUUAUUUUCUAAAGUUCCAAACUUAAAAGACAGAAUGAGCUUUCUGUCUCCCUCCCUGUGAGACUGAGCAUGCUCACUCUGCUCUCCCCUUUCCCUUGUCUAAAGGCCCCGGGCACCUCUAGGGCUUCCUCCAAUUCCCGAGUCCUUGGUGCCCUCCCCCCACUCAGCAGACAAUUCUUGAGUUGACCCUCCCCUCCCCCAACCACCAGAUCUCAGCUUUCUCAUCCUGGAGAGGAAGGCUUUCCACAGCUCUCACACCCCUCCCCUGAUGGUGACGUCACUAGGAGUGCCCACCCAGAAUGAGGUUAUUAUUGAGAAGGGAAAUCCUCUUCUUAGGCUGUCUGAUGUAAUAGAUGUAAAUAGACAUUGGGGGGAAAUAAAUAUAUUUAACUAAUA